AGCGAGUAGUCCUCGCGCGAGCGGGACACGGUGGUGGAUGCGAUUCCGCUCGCCUCCAGCCGCCGGGAGCUCCCUGGCGCCGCAGGCAGCGUCCUCCUCCGAAGCAGCUGCGCCUGCACCUGGGCAGCCUGGACCUUCGUGCCCUGCCCCCGGGGCCUCGAGCGGGGGGCGCCCCGGGACACCCCUUGUGGGCCGCGUGGAGGAGGAAGAGGAGGAGGAGGAAGAAGACGUGGACCCGGACCGCUGCCCUACGCGGCACACCUGGCUGCGCUGCUGGCACUUCUGUUUAAGGAGGAGGGGAAGAGAGCCGAGGAGAACCAUGGGGGGCUGCGAAGUCCGGGAAUUUCUUUUCCAAUUUGGUCUCUUCUUGCCCCUGCUGACAGCUUGGCCGGGCGACUGCAGUCACGUCUCCAGCAACCAAGUUGUGUUGCUUGAUACAACAACUGUGCUGGGAGAACUAGGAUGGAAGACAUAUCCAUUAAAUGGGUGGGAUGCCAUCACUGAAAUGGAUGAGCACAAUAGACCCAUUCACACAUACCAGGUAUGCAAUGUAAUGGAACCAAACCAAAACAAUUGGCUUCGUACAAACUGGAUCUCCCGUGAUGCAGCUCAGAAAAUUUAUGUGGAAAUGAAGUUCACGUUGCGGGACUGUAACAGCAUCCCGUGGGUCUUAGGAACCUGCAAAGAGACAUUUAAUCUGUAUUAUGUGGAAUCAGAUGAAUCCCAUGGAAUUAAAUUUAAGCCAAGUCAGUAUACGAAGAUUGACACAAUUGCUGCUGAUGAAAGUUUUACCCAGAUGGACUUGGGUGAUCGCAUCCUCAAGCUCAACACUGAAAUUCGAGAGGUGGGGCCUAUCGAAAGGAAAGGAUUUUAUCUGGCUUUUCAAGACAUUGGAGCCUGCAUUGCCCUGGUCUCAGUUCGUGUUUUCUAUAAAAAGUGCCCUUUCACUGUUCGUAACUUGGCCAUGUUUCCCGACACCAUCCCAAGGGUGGACUCCUCUUCUUUGGUUGAAGUAAGGGGCUCCUGUGUGAAGAGUGCAGAAGAGCGUGACACUCCUAAGCUAUAUUGUGGAGCUGAUGGAGACUGGCUGGUUCCUCUUGGAAGGUGCAUCUGCAGUACAGGAUAUGAAGAAAUUGAGGGGUCCUGCCAUGCUUGUAGGCCAGGAUUCUAUAAAGCAUUUGCGGGGAACACAAAGUGUUCAAAAUGCCCUCCACACAGUUUAACCUACAAAGAAGCGACUUCUGUCUGUCAGUGUGAAAAGGGCUAUUUCAGAGCUGAAAAAGACCCACCAUCGAUGGCAUGUACCAGACCACCUUCAGCUCCUAGGAAUGUGGUUUUUAACAUCAAUGAAACGGCCCUUAUUUUGGAAUGGAGCCCACCAAGUGACACAGGAGGGAGAAAGGAUCUCACAUACAGUGUAAUCUGUAAGAAAUGUGGCUUAGAUACCAGCCAGUGUGAGGACUGUGGUGGAGGACUCCGCUUCAUCCCAAGACAUUCUGGCCUGAUCAACAAUUCUGUGAUAGUACUUGACUUUGUGUCUCACGUGAAUUACACCUUUGAAAUAGAAGCCAUGAAUGGAGUUUCUGAGUUGAGUUUUUCUCCCAAGCGAUUCACAACCAUUACAGUGACCACGGAUCAAGAUGCACCUUCCCUGAUAGGUAUGGUAAGGAAGGACUGGGCUUCCCAAAACAGUAUUGCACUAUCAUGGCAAGCACCUGCUGUUUCCAGUGGCACCAUACUGGACUACGAGAUCAAGUACUAUGAGAAAGAGCAUGAGCAGCUCACCUAUUCCUCCACGAGGUCCAAGGCCCCAAGUGUCAUCAUCACAGGUCUCAAGCCAGCCACCAAAUACGUAUUUCAUAUCCGAGUGAGGACUGCAACUGGAUAUAGUGGCUACAGUCAGAAGUUUGAAUUUGAAACAGGAGAUGAAACUUCGGACAUGGCGGCAGAACAGGGGCAGAUUCUCGUGAUAGCUACCGCGGCUGUUGGGGGAUUCACGCUCCUCGUCAUUCUUACUUUAUUCUUCUUAAUCACUGGGAGGUGCCAAUGGUACAUAAAGGCCAAAAUGAAGUCAGAAGAGAAGAGAAGAAAUCACUUGCAAAAUGGACAGUUACGUUUCCCAGGAAUUAAAACUUACAUAGAUCCAGAUACAUAUGAAGAUCCAUCCCUAGCAGUCCAUGAAUUUGCGAAAGAAAUUGAUCCCUCAAGAAUUCGAAUUGAGAGAGUCAUUGGGGCAGGUGAAUUUGGAGAAGUCUGUAGUGGGCGUUUGAAGACACCAGGGAAAAGAGAAAUCCCAGUAGCCAUCAAGACAUUAAAAGGUGGCCACAUGGAUCGGCAAAGAAGAGAUUUUCUAAGAGAAGCCAGUAUCAUGGGUCAGUUUGACCACCCAAAUAUUAUUCGCCUAGAAGGUGUUGUCACAAAAAGAUCCUUCCCGGCCAUUGGGGUGGAGGCAUUCUGCCCCAGCUUCUUGAGGGCAGGGUUUUUGAAUAGCAUCCAGGCCCCGCAUCCAGUGCCAGGAGGAGGCUCUUUGCCCCCGAGGAUUCCUGCUGGCAGACCAGUAAUGAUUGUGGUAGAAUAUAUGGAAAAUGGAUCCCUAGACUCCUUUUUGCGGAAACAUGAUGGCCACUUCACUGUUAUCCAGUUGGUUGGCAUGCUGCGAGGCAUUGCAUCAGGAAUGAAGUAUCUUUCUGAUAUGGGUUACGUUCAUCGAGAUCUAGCAGCUAGAAAUAUAUUGGUCAACAGCAACUUAGUAUGCAAAGUUUCUGAUUUUGGUCUCUCCAGAGUGCUGGAAGAUGAUCCAGAAGCUGCUUAUACAACAACUGGUGGGAAAAUCCCUAUAAGGUGGACAGCCCCGGAAGCUAUUGCCUACAGAAAAUUCUCCUCAGCCAGCGAUGCAUGGAGUUACGGCAUUGUCAUGUGGGAGGUCAUGUCCUAUGGAGAGAGGCCAUACUGGGAAAUGUCUAACCAAGAUGUCAUCCUGUCUAUUGAAGAAGGGUACAGGCUCCCGGCUCCCAUGGGCUGUCCAGCAUCACUGCACCAGCUGAUGCUCCAUUGCUGGCAGAAGGAGAGAAAUCACAGACCAAAAUUUACUGACAUUGUCAGCUUCCUUGACAAACUGAUCCGCAAUCCCAGUGCCCUUCACACCCUGGUGGAGGACAUCCUUGUGAUUAAUGGACUCCACAGCCAGUGUCCAUCAACAGAGCUCUCUAACUGCUCGAUGCCUGUGGAAGCAGGCAGAAUGUCAGAGUCUCCUGGUGAAGUUCCUGAAUAUCCUUUAUUUGUAACAGUCGGUGACUGGCUGGAUUCUAUAAAGAUGGGGCAAUAUAAGAAUAACUUCAUGGCAGCAGGAUUUACAACAUUUGAACUGAUUUCAAGAAUGAGUAUUGAUGACAUUAGAAGAAUCGGAGUCAUACUGAUUGGACACCAGAGACGAAUAGUCAGCAGUAUACAGACUUUACGUUUACACAUGAUGCACAUACAGGAGAAAGGAUUUCAUGUAUGAAAGUACUGCAAGCACCUGUGUUCUGUGCCUCAGCAUUUCUAAGAUGAAAGACAUCCUCUCUACCACCCUAUCUUCUGAGUCUCCAACAUCACUUCUCAAACUGCAGUCUCCUGUCCUGAUGGCAGGCACUCACUUUUGAUUUAUGUUCUCAACUUGGAUUUUAAAAUCAUGCUUCAUGGCUCCUUUUCUGAAAAACCUAAAAACAAAAUGCUGGCCCACUGCAGGUGAUUACUGCACAAUGGUAAAUAACUCAGCAUGGAUGUGUAAC